GACUACGUCAACCAAUAAUGUCAAAUAAACGUCAAUCAAAGUCAAAAACUAGCUAGCGGUGUUUUCUUGCUUGAGCGAUAAAAACUUAGAAAUAUAAAAACUGCUGCUUUCCUGCGUUAUUUAUUUACUUAUUACAGUAUGGCUGAAACACCUGAGGUUGUAAAAAUCAAUAAAUGGGAUGGAGCAGCUGCUAAAAAUGCAAUUGAUGAUGCUAUAAGAGAGGUGCUGACAGGUGAACUAAAAUGCAAAGAAAGCUUUGCUUUGAUUGAUGGCCGAUUGUUCCUGUGCGCACUGGCUGUGGGUGUCGCCCUGUAUGCUCUGCUCUGGGAUUAUCUGUAUCCGUUUCCACAGUCACGAUUGGUGCUCAUAAUUUGUGUGUCUUCGUACUUCAUAUUAAUGGGCAUCCUGACGCUGUACACCACCUUCAAGGAAAAAGGAAUAUUUGUAGUUGCUAAGGAAAAAGUGGGCAACAAUCAUAGAGUCUGGGAAGCUAGCUCCUAUGUUAAGAAACAUGACGACAAAUACAACUUAGUGUUGGUGAUGCGCGACACUAACGGCAAAACUCGCGAGGCUUCCAUCAACAAAUCCUUCGCCAACUUCAUCGACACCAAUGGCACAAUCGUCCAGCCCCUGGUCAUCAAUGAAGUCACCAAGAUCUACAACUCGCUCUCUGCAGAGAAGAAGGACAAGUGAUGUGUGAAUGUGAAGUCUCAAAUCGUGUUUAAGGUCUGACAUUUUAUUAAUAAAUUAUGUUGGAGUAA